CUUUUUUCAGCAAAAUGUGGGCUUGGGAGGAAAUUUCUUUUUUUUUCCUCCCUGACUAACAGGAAUUGUCAUUGAUAACUUCUGGUAUCUGAACUCUGAAAAUUUUCCUUUCAAAAUACUGAUGAAAGCAGACCCUCUCAUCUGUGAUUUCCUGUUCGCAUGGCUUACGAAUUUUCAGUACUGCACAAGUUAUAAAAACACUUGCAAAGUUUAGUGUUAUAGUCUCAGCUUGGAUCUCAGAGAUCGAUCAAAUACCCGUGUAUAUACCAUGAAUUACUCCAUUACGCCACACUUAUACAGAAGCCUUUGUUCUCCGCCUACGAAAAUUUCUGAAUCCAUCCCGGCUCUAAAAACUGUUUUCACCGAGGGGGUCUUCAAAAUGACCCACCAUGCACGGCGAUCAUGAAUGCAUUGUAUUCCAUUCUUCUGUUUGUCUUGAUGCUAGCACUGGUUGCCCUGACGUGGAAAGAAAACCCCAGACACGACUGUGAUCCCCUUUCUUCAAUUUUGAAAAAUUUCAAGGCUGCGUGUUCCGGAACGAAGAGGUGUGGGAAGGAUCCGAGCGAAGCAAGACCGCCGUGUACGCUCAAUCAACCGCCCACUGCUUCUCCUCCUGAAAUUGACGUUGAAGAAAAGAAAGCCGGAAAGUCUUGUAUUCUUCCGGAUAUCUUGACUGAGAACGACGAGGAGAAACUGUUGUGCAAGUUGGGAGACGGCGACGUGGAUAAUCGCGACAGUGAAAAAACUACUAUUAGUGGUGUUCCGGAAGGAGCUGAUCAGUCGCUGAUGAGGGAAGUCGCCGGGAUUGAUUCCGGUAAAUGCGAAUUGCCGACAGAAGAUAGUGCAAAGUGCUCUGCCGAAGUUGACUCAGAAGGGUCAGGAAACCAGUACGUCACAUCCGUCAGAGCUGGGGCUCAUUACGCAGAAACCUUGUGGAGGAACAUUUGGGACACCAUUUCCCGAACCCCGAAAGAAGAACUCGAGAAGUGA